GCAAAGAGCAUGCAGAGAGGGAUCGAGAGGCGCGAAAUCGGCUGGUCCGUUCAUGUCAUGUCCUAUUCUUGUCCCUGGCAGAAUCGUACAACGUACUUCCUUCAUUUUCACGCUUCACUUUUUCUUAUGUUUCUGUCCCAAUAAAUCUCGUCACAGCCAUUUGCGAGAUCACGCCGCCUGGCAUUGCGGGGUUGCUCUUUCAAAGGCCAAAUUUGUUUUUGUAACCCUGACUUUUUCUAUGCGUCACCGAGUCCGGAGCAUUUCAAAGCGAACCUCGACCCUUUGAACCGAUGCACGUCAGGACGCUGUCAACUUCUUUGCUGUCUUCCUGAUCUUUUCACGCUCCAAAGCAUCAUGGCCGACGAUGUGACGGUGCUCUCUCCCUCCACGGAGAGUCCGGCUCAGGAGGCUUCAGGCCAACCUUCUGUUCAGGUCAUUGAAUCCGCGGGCCGCAAUGAUUCUACGGCUCCGGAUUCGCAACCAGGAUCACCCUCGGCUGAGAUCGCCACAGAUGAAGAUGGCAAUACUAAACCGCUCGCGCCAAUGCAGAAAAGGCGAAGAGUCACCAGAGCGUGCGACGAAUGCCGACGGAAAAAGAUAAAGUGUGAUGGCAAGCAACCCUGUACGCAUUGUACUGUCUACAGCUAUGAAUGUACUUACGAUCAACCUUCUAACCGAAGGCGAAAUCCGGCGCCACAAUACAUUGAAGCUCUAGAGCAGAGGUUACAGAAAGCCGAGUCAAUUCUACGUUCUGUCCUUCCAGGAAUCGACCUCGAUGAUCCCAAAUUCGAUGCGCGGAGCGUGGAACAGUUGAUCGACACCUCGCGAGCAACUGCUAGUUCCAACAAUCUUAAUGGCCAUGCCGCACCUGUUGCGGAUGCGUCGAAACCGGAGGAUGAUGCCCAGCUCCAGUCCAUGGUCGACCGAAUUGGUGCUUUGGAUUUGGAUCAUGAUGGACAUUGGGAUUUUCAUGGCCAUUCCUCUGGUUAUGUCUUCAUGCGGAAAUUCCGUGCCCAGUUCGGAGAGUCAUAUCUUUCCGAAUAUCGUCAUCCCAACAGAAACAAGACGAUCUCACAGAUUCUCGAGUCUCCAAAAUCAGCACAGUCGUCUCCCUAUGAGUUCAAUCUCCCUCCAGGUGUCGAUUUACCACCGAAAGAAGUGGCCAUUGAACUCUCGCUGAAUGCCCUCGAUGAUUGUUGCGCCUUGAUGCGUCCUAUACACAAACCGACAUAUUUUACACGCUUGCAUGCUGUUUACGAUACUGAUCCUGAGCAUUGGAACAACGACCAUGUGCAAUUUUUGCCCUUGAUUUACCUCGUCAUGGCAGUGGGAGGCUUGUUCUCCAAGUCCGAGGACGACAACACCACACUUGAUCUCAGAGGCUAUAAAGAGGCGAUUGAGCAAGGAUAUCAAUACUUCAACACGGCCAAACAGAUGCUCGACAUUACUGAUUGCAGAGAUUUAGUGACAAUUCAAGCCAUCGUAUUCAUGAUCAUAUUCCUGCAGUCGACUGCCAAACUACCAGUGUGCUAUGCAUAUAUCGGUAUUGCACUGCGAGCGUGCUGUCGGUUAGGCUUGCAUCGAAACAUUCCAAACAGAUUCAACCCCAUCGAACUAGAGGAAAGGAAGCGGAUAUUCUGGCUCGUUCGAAAGUUGGACUCGUAUGUGGGAGCUGUGCUUGGCCUUCCCCAGAUGUUGAGUGACGAUGAUAUCGAUCAAGAACUACCGAUCGAGGUUGAUGACGAAUACAUAACCGCAGAGGGUAUCCGACCUAUGCCACCCGGCACCUUCCCUCUUCUGAAAGCAACCAAUGCACAUACCAGAUUAACAAACAUUCUGAGAAAAGUUGUCCGCUACAUCUACCCGGUCAAAGGUGUCACGGGUGGCGGAAAAGCCGAUUCCAGGUACAGUAUCAGUCACAAGCGGAUACGCGAGCUGGAACGAGACCUUCAAACAUGGAUGGAUCAAUUGCCGACAGAGCUGAGGCCUUCUGAUAACGCCGGAAGGGAUCUUUCGAGGGUUCAACAACUUCUUCGAAUGUCGUACGCGCAUGUUCAGAUGAUGGUAUAUCGACCUUUUGUCCACUAUGUGACACAGGCAUGUCAAUCGCGAAAUGUGGACAAAAGGAGUUUUGCCUGCGCUGCGGCGUGCAUAAGUGUCGCCAGGAAUAUUGUGCAUAUCACCACCGAGAUGAAAAGACGGGGACUAUUGGUCGGGUCCUACUGGUUUGUCAUGUACACCACCUACUUUGCGAUUCUUUCCCUGGUAUUUUUCGUUAUCGAGAAUCCGAACAGUCCCACGGGCCAGGAUAUCCUGAAGGACGCGGUGGAAGGAAGAGACACGUUGGCUGCUCUUGCAAAACGAAGCAUGGCAGCUGACAGGUGUAGUGCCAGCCUGGCGGGCCUCUUUGAGGUUUUGCCCGAGAAGCUCAAAGAACGACGAAGUUCUCUGAAUGCCACCCCUUCAACGUCCCGCAAGAGACCUCCACCCGUGGUCACAGAAGGUUUCUCAACACAAGACAGACAAGCUGCUCAAAGCUCUUCGACCCCCAGUAGCUUGAAGGAAGCUGCAGCCACACCGAGUCGAACAAGGACUCAUCCUUCGGAUUUCCUUGCCAAGUUGGCAAAGAGAAAUUCAAUGCCUGAUCCUCACCUACUGACAGGUCUCUCUGAGGGUGCCGCGGCGCAAAUGCAAAGUCAACAGAUGUUUGGCUACCAAAGCCCGUCAACUGCGUCGCCGAUGUCAGGGCACUUUGACUUCACUCCGCAAUUGGGAAAUGCACAGAUACCCGACCUGAAGAACGUCAUGUUUCCGAGCGAUAAUCCUUUCGCAUAUCCCAAUCAGUCUAUCAGCACGUUGGAGUCUGGCGAUGCGAGCUACUCAUUUCCUGACCCGAAUCUCGGGUACAAUGAUCACAGCAUGUCUGGAACCCCGACGGGCGGUAGCACACAUAUGUCGAUACCGACGCCACACUACGACAAUGGGUUUUCUUUCCAGCAUGCGCUGAGUGAGAAUCCAGCAUCAGCACAAGCAUUUGCGGCUCAUGGCCGACACUUCGGUGCUCCAAUCACGGAUUUACUUAUGCAGAACGCAAUAGGUGGGGAGCAUAUGAAUCUCAGUGGCCUGCCGCAUUUCCACGACCCUUUGACGACGGCUGGGAAUGAUGUGCCAGGUUCUUCACGGCACGAUGAAUUCUGGAAGGGCUCGACAGGCACGAAUCCUGUCCCACCUCCGGGACUGGAGGACUAUUUCAACAAUGAGCGCCUAGCAUGGGACUCGAGCUGGGGCGAUCAUCGUUAUCACAUGAAUACAUAGCCAUUGAUGUUGAAGAAAUGACUGACCACGGAAGUUCUAUAUGACUGCAUCGAGGGGGUUUGUUUACCAGGAAGGAUCACGGCCGGCCUUAGGUAACCUGGGAUGUUGUUGAGACGAUACCAUGGGAAAUAAGGGUCAUCAUGCAUGAUACUCACGGGGCGUGGCAUGCGCAUCAGGGUGGCGUUCGUUUGAGGACUGUUUCCGGGUGCUGAAGUGUGCGAGAGAUGGGCGAAAAGAUGGCCAGGAAGACUAUAACGAGUCAUAAGAUCCGACACGGCUAUGCGUGCCCCACACAAUGCUCAGUAGGAGUCCGGGAGCACGGAUAGCUGACAAUGUUCCAAAAGUAUAGAAGAUCACCAAAUUGUGUUUUC